UUUCUUCGCAAUUUUGAAGGUACAUGGACGAAGACGGAGAGAAACAUGUUCUUACCAAACGAUCAUCUUUUCCUGAAUCAUCCGACAAAAAUUCUGGGGAUGAAGGUGAUUGGGUACGAAGAGAUUUGCCAGAAUCAUUACUCUUUCAAGUUCUCCUCAACAUUCCAACAAAAGAUCUGGUUAAGACUAGCGUCGUAUCCCCCGAAUGGAGACAUCUUUGGAGGUGUGUUCCUGGAUUAGAUUUGGAUGAAGCUGAUUUCACACAAUUCGAUACUCUUGUGAGUUUUAUCGAUAGCUUUCUGAGUAUCAACCGUGAGUCAUCCUUAAACAAGUUUAAGUUAAGAAUCUAUUGCAAUCAUGAUCGUGAUAAGGAGACUAAUAAUGCUCAUAUGGCGCGGUGGAUCAGCGCAAUCGUUGAGCAGAACGUUCAGCAUGUCGAUCUUACAUGGCUUCCAGUGGAGGUACCUCCUAUACUCUACUUAUGUGAGAGUUUGGUAACUUUAAGGCUUUGUGGCGUAGUCUUGGCAAAUCUUGAGUUUAUGUACUUACCGCUUGUCAAAGUCCUCGCUCUAGAAUGGGUUAUAUUUGCAAAUGAAUUGGCUUUGGAAAAGCUUAUCUCAGGUUGUCUAGUUCUCGAAAGCUUAAGAUUUUGCAAAUGUUCAUUAGACAAUGUAAACGUUUUACGUGUGAGAUCUCAGUCUCUAUUGAGCUUCAACUAUUAUGGCCCUAGUUCCCGUGAUCUUCAUUUUAAAGAUCUAGCGGUUACUAUUGAUGCCCCCAAGCUUGAGAUCCUCAAGCUCUCUCAUCAAGUAACUUCAAGUUUCAUAAUAAAGAAAUUGAGUUCCCUUGUAGAGGCAAAUAUCAAGGUUGAGUUUAACUUUUGUGUGGGGAAAAAGUUUAAUCCGAAUGAUCUGUCAAAGAGAAAAAUGAUUCUUCAUUUUCUUGUCGCCAUCUCUCGUGUCAAAAAUAUGACCAUCGCUGCAUCUACUCUUGAGAUCAUUUAUGAUUACUCAAGAUGUGAACCGGUUCCCUUAUUUCGUAACAUAUCUUUGCUGCGUGUUGAAUUCUAUCAGGACAGAUGGGAAAUAUCGCCAUUUUUUCUUGAGAGCUGCCCGAAUGUGAAAUCUCUUGUCGUGGAAUCUGAUUAUUAUACAAAGAAGAGAACUAGUAUCUUAUCUCGACCUCGGCGUCUCCUAUCAUCUCUCGAGUAUGUUAAGAUAAAAUCGUCAUGGGACAAGUUGGAGAUGAAAUUAGUGAGUUACUUCAUUGAGAACUCACCAGUCCUCAAGAAAGUCACUCUAUGUUUGGAUGGUUGUUCCAGAAAGGAAUCUGUCGUCCUCAGAGAACUGCUUACCAUUCCUAGACGCUCUAGCUCAUGCCAAGUUGUCGUCCUCUGAUCCUCCUUGACGAACAUACAAGGUUGUAUUGCUGUACUUUUGUUAAUGUGAACUCUGUGGUUUCCUUCUCUAUUAUGGUGACUUUGUUGUAUUGUAGAUCUGUAAGAAGAUCAUAUAUGUUUGUCUGAAAUGUUUCAACUGAACCAAAAAUGUAAUAAGGCUCGUGUAAGAGCCAAGGAUUAAAGUUUCCAGAAACUCUUUAUUAAUGUGAACUAUGUACUUAUUUCUU